UAGUAUACCCCAUCGUGCUGGACUCUUGCAUUUUGCAUUUUGGAGCCCCCCCAAAGAUUUGCGUGGUCGUGUAAGCUGAGCCCUAAGUUACAUUCACCAAUAUCCGAAGGUCUCCAUUCCUAUCUUGACAACCUUUACCCUUCCCCCCUCACCCCAACUACUUACAGCGACUAGGCCACCACCAAACACCUAUCCUAAAGGGUCACGAUAAAUUCUUAAAAGGUCUAAGGUCUCGCUAUGCACCUUCUCAUUCUCCUCCUUUUCACAUCUUUCUUCCCACCGCCUUACUCCUGUUGGGGCAUUCUCCGCUCCCGAACCCCAUCACCUUCCGUACCUGAUGUUUGGGUUAAAUCCCCGGGACAUGAUGCGGCUCCCAAAGAUGACCCAAAGGAUUCCGUCACCUACUUUGAAAUCGAUGAGGCUUAUGAAACAGCAUUGGCUGAACUGAACAGGCUUUCAUCGAAGUCUACAUGCCACAAAGUCGCCUCUCAGUCUCUGGUAGGAGACUGUAGAUCAAUAGGGAUUGACAGUGAAGAGGAUGAGAACUCUAGAAUUCUGUUCGGCGUGCAAUUGGCUGCCUGCGAGUUUGAGGUUGAUGGUCUCGAGUUCCCUUACGAGUGUCGAAGGUUUGAGGGUGAGAGAGAAAAGAGGGUUCGCAGUGCUAAAAAAUGCUUGCGAAUGUUAGCUCAGAAGUCUCAAUGGUGGACAUCAUAUAGCAACAACCGUGCAAGCGGUUUUUCUAUGUGCUCGGCUGCUAGGCGUGAGGUCGAAAAGGGUAUUUAUGAAAUCAAUAACAAUUGCAUAUGUCACUGAAGGCUCACCGUCUUGGCAGAAGAAAUGAUCAAUGUUCACAGAAACAUUACCAAAACUCAUAAGUCAUUGUUUGCGAUUAUUGAGGUGUCUCUCAAAGAUGCUUGGAGGUCGGCCAAGGCGCAAACUGAGGCAACUGCUAAACUUAAGACGUUUAUAGAGGAGCUAGUGGAGGAUUACAAAGGAGCAAGGACAGAGUUGACCAAAGAUACAACAAAAAUGGCGGAUACCAUGAGCGGCAACUUGGAAAGGCUAUACGAGAGGGGGCAAGCUGCGGUCAAUCAACUCGAAUUGGUGGGGCCUAGUGUGCAUGCCCGAGGCUGCCUAUACUGACGUUGCGUAUUAGUCAAUCAAUAAAGUUCAAACUUCCACAGACCGGCAGGUCAAAUUGGUAGACGAGGUAAGGUUUGGAAAUUAUCGAGACUGUUCAAAUAUGGUUUUGAUUUUGACGGAUAUAGACCUUUAGUUCGAUUUCCAGUAGAAUGGUCAGUCCCACUCGUCCCAAUAGACCGGCAAAUGAGGUCGUUUUCGCUAUCGGGCUUCAUCUGAUGGUUGCAUUCUAUACAGGAAAAGUCUUUGGAGGGGUUCAGAGAACUCGAUGUUCUUGCAGAGAAUCAUGUCAUGGUAUGUUUAGUCCUACAGGGGCCACUGCCAUAUUAAGAUCUAAUCCGUGGCAUAUAUUAGAAAUUUAACGCCAUUUCGGGCAUAUACGAAGAUCUCGCCGGUGCUCAUCAAACUCUAACUGAGUCCUCUGAGAAGCUAGUCCAGAUAAUGGGGGAUUUUACAGAGACCCUUGUAGAUAUGGACGAAAAGGUUCGAUCGUGGGAAGAGAGAAUCAGUAACUUAGGGAACUCGGCUUGGUUACCAGUGGCUUCUUUCCUUCUCGGGGGGAUGAUACUUGGAAGAGGCUGGCACAGACUAGAUUCCUUACUAGUUAUCAUCGGUAAAUUUAAGAUUCGCAAAUACCUGGAAUUAUUAUUAACCGGUGCCUAUUUUGUAGGCGGAUGUUUCAUACUUCUGAACACCUUCCAAUGGAGCGACUUCAUAUACACCCAGCGAUUUUUGGUGUUUUCGAGGCUCUGGCCCGGCUCAAUCUCCACUUCAGAAAAGACCUUCUAUAUCCUAGCUUCUACUUCGGGACUCUUCGCUAGCAUCUGCUGCGGUAUAGCCUACACUCUGUAUCGGCGUGCAGCGCCGUCCGAACGCUUACUUGGAUGA